UGUGUUAAAAAUAGAGGCAGAAAACCAGGCCAUCUGCCUCUUAGCAUCGUGGGGCUGUAGUGAGGUUUAAUCCAGAUUACGGCUGACCGUAUUUUUUGUUGUUGGUGUCUGUUCCCUGGCCGUCAGUGCAUCCUUCAUUACACACCCAGGCAGCAGGACAGGUUAGCUAGACAGAAUAUACAGGAUCCCAUUGGAUCUAACCAACCGCUAGCAAUCCCAACCCAACGGUAGAAGCCAGGGAAGCAACUAGUCCUAUUUACAAUAAUAUAAUAUCUAUAUAUCCUAGUACAGCAGAACUCCAUAGGGGAUCAAGAUGUUCCUAAUCAAGACCAUGAUGCCUAACCCACUGGCUGGUUUGAAUCCUAUGGGUGGAGGAGAGGAGGAAGCGGAGGCGGCCCCUGCAGACCCGGCCAAGGCAGCAGGGAUGACACGCGAGGAGUAUGAGGAGUACCAAAAACAGUUGGUGGAGGAGAAGAUGGAGAGAGAUGCCGACUUCUUACACAAGAAAGCUGAGAGGGCAACUCUGCGGGUGUGCCUACGAGACAAGUACAGACUCCCAAAGAGCGAGCAGGACGAUAACAUGCUGGCCAUGGCUGGAGACGACGUGGACGUACCCGAGGAGCUGCUCAAGAUGGUGGACGAGGAUGCCACGGAGGAGGAGGACAAGGACUCCAUCUUGGGUGGCAUUCAGAACCUCCAGAACAUGGACAUGGACCAGCUCAAGGAGAAGGCCUCGGCCACCGUGACGGAGAUGAAAGCCAAGGCAGAGGAGAAAUGCUCUGUCAUGUAAAAUAAAAUAAAAUGGAAGAUUUCACUUCACGAACAGCUGGUCCCAAUUCUAGCCCGAUUCCAUCCCUUGGCCCUAACCCUUCAAUGUUUGCAGAUCUGAAGGUGGAAAAAUAUGGUGGAAGCUGUACCACAACACUGCCUAUACUUAUUAAGACCAUUAGACAUGCUAACAUAGAGGUGUAAGGGAACAAGGGGGAGGGAAAGGGAGUGAUUUAGGACCGACUGUAAACAAACCGAUCCUAUAACGGUCUCCACUCUCCACCGAGCAGACCUGGGUUUACAAUAAGUAUCUGAGCUAUUUUAAAGCUCCUAUACUCAACUGGUGGACCACAUCUAUUUAUUGUUUAAAAAAUGGAACUCGAUCGGGCUUCGACCCCUGGUAUCAUUUAAACACACAUAAGACGUGUAGAAUUGCAACAAAAUUCUCUGUCCCAUGUGAAAUGUGUAGAAUUGCA